AUGGAGAGUGAAGGGGCUGGAGCUGGCGUCGCAGAGGCAGCGGGCGGCGCAGAGGAAGAAGAGUCAGUAGUAGUGGCAGUGGCUGGCGCCGCGGUGCUCGGAGGGGAGGCUGUAUCUUUCGAAGUGCCAGGUAUAUCACCCGAAAUCAACAACGGGCCCGCACGCAUAAAAGUUCCCAUCUUCUUCAAAGCGCUCUCUAACGCCCAUGGCGGUAUAUCAAGCGAGGUGGUUGGCAAGAUCCCUGAAAAACCGUUGAUACUCUGGAAGGGGUCCACAAGGGCACCGAACACGCGGAAUUUCCGUGAUAUCAUUACUCGCUGGGGGCAGUGUGACAGCUUCUCUGCGUUUACGCAACUCUCUCUUUUUCCCACUCAAGCCGUAGUGGGUGAAAACCUCGUCGAAGGUGAAACUAGGCUCCCCAGAAGCGGCUUCCUUAUCCUCGUCAAAAUAUGCGACCAGCCCAUCGUGGAGACUCAUUUGAUCACCGAGUUUCAAGUCAAACUGGUAAUUCAACACGCUCAUCUCCAAUGGGGUUGCGGUGUCUGUUUGAUCCACCAUUGGUCUGGUGGCCAACUCCAGAGACCAUCCCAUGGAGACAAGGGCGAGAGGCCGGCCUAUCAACGCUGGAAGAAAGGCUGCCAGCGUGCUGGGCGCAUGGUGGAUGUGCUCGUUUGCGUCCGCUACCAUGGUCCAAACACGGUGAGGAACGGCGUUCGUUGUGGCCGCAUCUGGGUUCAACCAAAGUCCUUUGGUAGUAGGGGCACCGACAAGAAUCUCACCGCAGAGAGUACCGUCGCCUUGGAAUACUUGCAAGCUUUCGUCCUGGAAGUUACACACCACCCAGCCCCAGAUGGGGUUCUCCCAUUCAAGAAGGGGUCGCCAAUGGGUAUCCUCUGGCGAUGCAUUCGUUACUGGUUCAAUCUUCUGCUCUUGCGCUUCUCGCACGACGAAAGAGGAAUUGAAUCGUAUAUCUUGAUUAACACGCGGCCCAAGUUGGAAGAAUUGGGAGCGUCCUUCAGGUUCUGCGAGGGCGGUAUUGGCGAAGACCCGCCCGGCCAGAUUGCUUCGCUGGCACGCUAA